AUGUUAGCGGCUAUCGAAUCUCCCACCCGUCGCAAGAUGCGUGAGGCGUUGAAGAACAUAACGCAGAGCAUUAAGGGCUUAGAAGUUGAUAAAUUUGACCUGCAGCAACUGAAACAUCUCAAUAUCCGCGUUGAUUCCUUGGUAUUGGAUGAAUCAUCACCCCAUAAACCAUCUUACUUCGCUCCCUACCCAGGCCACUUGGUUCCAAAUCCUGAUGAUGAUGCUCUUGGUGGGCCCUACAAUGGCCUAGAUGAUGAAACAGAACAUUCUUUUACCCGCCCCAUCGAUCGCGCAUAUGUGAUGAAUAUACACCUUUCGUCUUAUAUUUCCUACUGCGAUACAUACGCCAAAGGGGAGAGACCCCCUUGGACUUCCGGGUGUGUCGGAGACUACCCGUUUAAGGGCUUAUAUAAACAUGACCAACCCGAGUUUGGGUGCUAUCAUAUAACAGAUCUGAACGGUCCUACCUACCCACACGUCAAGGCAGUCAUGUACAAUAACUUGGUCGCCAUGGAUUCCACAAUCCUUUACGGCGAGCUGCUUCCGAUUCUCCGAAUUAUGCUUACGCAGCUUUGGAAAGCAAGAUUCAUUCGUCAGAUGGUCUCACCGGUCUUAAUUUUGUCACUUAUGGGGCUAAAGGCCCGAGUGAUUGAAGCAUAUUUCCGGGACCAUACUCUGAUCUUGCGGCCGACCAAGAUUUAUGAUUUCACCCACGGGAACAACGCAGCUUUCAAAACGUUUGUCCAGUGGUAUAUGGGCCAGCCAAUCGGGAAUACCGUUGAGGCUUUCUGA